UAUAUAGAAAAUACAUGUACAAAUAAUUUGCCAUCAAAAAAUUUCAUGGCUUGUCAAGGGCUUAUUAGUCAUACUUCUAGAUAAAAGUUCAAUAUGCAAAUACAACACAUAAAUACUCAUAUAAAAAUACUCGAAGACUGAGAACAAUUAUUAUGUAUAUGGGACAUAAACAAUAUUAAGUAAAACAAAGGUACUUAAAGAAAAAAAAAACAUAUAUCAUCCGUCCAAAAACUCGCUCAACCUAUAGAUCGUUUUUUCUAGGAGGUGACAUUUCACUCUCCUACUGAAAGCAGCCGAACUUAGUUUCUUAAAUUCUUCUGGUAGUCUGUUGUACAAUUUCAGACAAGUGUGAUUGGGGCCUUGUUGGGUUUUCUUAAUUCUUGAUGAUGGAAUGGAAUAGUGAUUUUUGUCUCUUGUGUUGUAUUCAUGAAAGGAAGCUUUCUUAGGGAAUUUGUUCUGAUUUUGAUGAACGUAAUUAACACAUGCUAGUAUGAAAGCUCCUGUUAUGGUCAAAAUCCUUUCAUUUUUGAAAACCUCUCUACAGCUGUCUAUACUCCUCAUUCCGAAAAUGGCCCUCACUGCUUUCUUUUGCUGAAGAAGAACUCGACCAACAUCGACACUCUGUCCCCACAGGAUGACACCAUAAACAGCCAAGCUAUGGAAAGACGAAUAAUAUGCUAGUUUUGCAAUAUUUGAAUUAGAAAUUAUUCUCAUUCGUCUGAUAAUGAAAAUGGAAGUUGACAACCUUCUACACAAACUCGAUAUGUGAUUCUUCCAGUUCAAACCCGAAUCGAACUCCACUCCCAGAUACCUAAUCGACGAGUUUUCCUCCCUUUUAUUGUCUUCUCUUGCAAGUUGGAUCUAGAGGAAGAUUUGUUCAGGAAGGAAGUGUCGUCCGCAUAUGUGCAUACCUUAUUCGAUGGAGUGUUAUGAAAAUUAUCGUUUAUGAAGAGGAUGAACAAUAUGGGACCCAAAAUAGAUCCCUGUGGUACACCUCUCUCUAUCGUUUGACAGCCAGAAAUUUCCUCUCUCCAUUUUACAGCUUGUUGUCUAUUGAACAAAUACGAUCUAAAUAUUGCGAGUGCACUUCCUCUUAUACCAUAAUAUUGUAAUUUCUCCAAGAGCAGCCCAUGAUCAACACUAUCGAACGCCUUGCUUAAGUCAAUACAUGUCAUCUCCACUUCUUCACAGUUGUUGUGUGCCUCCAAGAUACACUCAAGGACAUCUAUCAUAGCCGUUAUAGUAGACUUAGAUUUCCGGAAACCAUGUUGACCACAGUGUAGUAAAGAUUUCUUUUCCAAGAAUUCCACUAAGCGGUUUUUAAGUAUCGUCUCGAAAAUCUUUGAGAAACUAGGUAAAAUGGAUAUUGGUCUAUAGUUAGAACAGUUCUCUGUCUCUCCUUUUUUAUAUAUAGGUAUUAUUAUUGCUGUUUUGAGAUUAGCGGGAAAUAUGCCUUGAUCUAUGCAAUCAUUGAACAUCUUACACAAAUGUCUACUUAUGUAAGGGAUAACCCGUUUCAGUAAAGAUGAAAUCUUUCGAGGUUUUAUUUUUUAGGUUGUUCGUGAUUGUUAUUAUUUCACCUUCAAUUACAGGAAAUAUAAAAAGAGAAUCUGAAUUGUUUGACUUACUGUUCAGUCGUGAACUACGGUCGUAUUUCUUCUCGAACGACCCCGGUAGAAUCUGAUUUCGUAUCGGCUGUCAGCGGAGAAAGAGAACAGAUUUUUAAUAUAUCGAUCGUACGUGCUAAAUAGAAAAGUUUCAAAAGAGACAAAAUUGAUUAAUCUUCUGAUAAUUCAUCAUAAUUAGUUAAUUUAUUUUCAUCUAUCUUCUGUAUCGUCAUCUAAUAGUGUUAGUGAACCAAAUAAUAUUGAACAACUAUUCGUGAAGUGCCCUGAAUUUAUCAUCAGCCAGGUGAAGCCACAGGUACUUAAGGGAGGUAAAUUCCCCUGAAUUCCCUUCCUUGGAACCUCCCUUUUGGAACCAGAUUAGCGGUGAUUCGCCUAGGUUUCUUCUGCAGCCCGUUGGGGUAAGUUGCAUUUCACAAUUUUUUUGGUUGUUCAAUAUUAGUAACAAAAUUCAUCUGAAAUUGACCGCAAACCCCUUUUUGCGGACAAUUAUUGGUGCCGAAACCCGGGAAAAUAUCUUAAAACCCCCUUAAUUCAGUCUAAUUGUCAUUUCCGUUCAUCUGAUUGAAUUUGUGAUUUGAUUUUCAUUCAUUAAUUGGGUAGUUAUUGAAAAUUCAUAACACGGUUAUCUUAUCGCGCGUCAUCUGUUCAUUAUCUUCAACGAUAAACACAUCGUCUGUUCUUCUUAGAUUUUUCGGAAUUAAUUUAUACCGAUAUACAUACCGGGGUCAUUCGACAAUUUAAAAUGCCGUCAAUGGAUAAAUUGAAGGCCUCUUUAGCAACAUCAGUCAUAAAGCGCGAGAAUGCAUUUUCUGCAGCAUCUACUCUUCUUAAAUUAAUAAAGGAUUUGACCACAGAAGUCGAUGUGGCCAACAUGUGUCUGACUGAGUUGGUCAAAGUGGAAAAGACUUUCAGAGAGGCUGAUGAGUUAGUUGUCCAACUCAAUUCUCAGCUAGAGGAGCCUGGUCAGAUCGGAUCACCAUCAAAAUUCGAGGCAUUUUUUGAAAUUUGCCUACAUGUACGUGCCGCCCAUAGUCGUCUAACCGCAUCUACGUCUGUUAAGGCGCCAUCAUUGUCAUCGGCUGAGCUACCUAUUCCGCGGGUUGACCUGCCUUGCUUUCAGGGCAAGGUUGAGGAAUGGCCCGGAUUUAUCGCUCUAUUCGAUGCCUUAGUACAUCAGAACAAUUCCCUGGCGCCCGUUCAGAAGUUUCACCUCUUGGCAUCUGCCAUCUCUGGUGAAGCAGCAUCUGUCAUCUCUGGAUUUCAAUUAAAUUCGGUGAAUUACCCUCUGGCCUAUCAAGCCCUUCACUCCCGGUAUCAAAACCCUCGUCGGUUGGCGAAUCUUUAUGUGAAUCAGAUCUUGGAUUCACGGCCCGCAUCUGUGUCUUCCUUACCACAAUUGAAGAAAUUCGUCACGACGCAUCAGAAUGCCAUUCAUGCCAUCAAGGCAUUACCCAUUUCAGAUCUGGCUGACUUCCUCUUGUUUUCACUAGCUUUGCGCAACCUCGAUAUACCAUCUCGCCACUUGUUUGAGGGACAGUUAUCCUCUGAUGACUUUCCCACUCUCGCUCAGUUGCUCGAAUUCACCAAUCGACAGUUGCGAGUGUUGGAAAGCACUUCCGUCACCUCAUCCAUUGCGCCGAAGGGAUCAUUAAGACCUCAAUCUCCAGCAGGCUCAGCGUCUGUUUCCCCAUCGUCUGUGCCUUCAUCCUCUGGUGUGCAUCCUCGCCGCCCUGCUUACGCUGGUGCGUGCCCUUCGUCGUCUUCCGCGUGUGUGUUUUGCUCGGCGAAUCAUUCUGUUCGCCAGUGUCGUGAGUUCAAGGCCAUGAACGUUAAUCAGCGACGAGCUUUCGUGACUGAAAGGCGGCUAUGUAGAAAUUGCAUGUCGUCUUUCCAUGCCACCGCUAAGUGCAGUUCGAGUCAGAGCUGUCACACAUGCGGGGGACGACACCAUACAAUUCUCCAUCUGGCAUCUGCUGCCGCGGCAUCUGCUGCCACUGCAUCCCCUUCCGUUUCCUAUGCUGGAAGGAAAUCCCUUUCAACGGCAGAACGUCCUUCUUUGCCCUCUGUUUCAUCAGAGGAGCCAACCCGUGCUGUCACCUCUCGGGGCACCUCAAUAAGGGCUCGAUCAGCGGGGAUCUCGAUGAUGUCACGCCGGAGCCCUGAGGCGGCAGGUUCAGUGUCGUCUCGAGCCUCGCCAGCUUCACCACCCCUUCAUUCUUCCCACUCCUCUGGAAGUGGUUCCGAAUGACUGCACUGGUCAUCUCGCGGUUGUCUUACUCCGUCAAACAAACAUCUGUCUUCGUCUUUCCGUCUGUUCUCUUCUUAUCAUCUGUCUUCAUCUCCGCGGUCUUCUUUGCGUCAGACCAAUAAUCCUGACUAUCUCAUGCCUACCGCUUGGAUACGUCUUGAUAACCGGCGGAAUGUCCUGUUCGGCCGUGCUCUCCUGGAUUCCGGCUGCCAGCACACCCUCAUCACCCGUGAGUGGGCCUCCAAGCUUCGUCUAUUCAUCCACCCUGAAACCAUUCAACUUCGCACCUUGAGUAACGCGGAUCAGUUUCGCAUUCAGGGGUACGCAUACGUCACUCUCUAUCACCAAGGGGAUCCUCCCAAUCUUAUCAUCAAAGCUUACGUUAUUGACAGCCAAAUAGAUCCUCUUCCUGUCAAAGCAUUCAACGGCCGGUGGCCUGAGUUUCAGAAACUCAGCCUGGCUGAUCCACUCUUUUUUAUUCCUCGUGCCAUUGGAAUGUUGAUCGGCUCGGAUGUGCUUCCUCAUCUAGUUCUUCCUGGCACCUUGUGCCCAUCGUCUGAGCUUCCAGGUGCAUUAUCUACCACCUUAGGUUGGGUACUUUAUGGGCCGUAUGCUCGCCAUCGGAGGAAGACAAAACACGUGUCCUUUUCACCGGCCACUGUUCAUGGUCGCAUUCGACCUUCUAGUCAAAAUACUUUUCCUUCAUUUUCAGCAGGGUCAUCAUCUGCUGUGUCUUCUCCAUUCCCUUCUCAGCCCAAAGUCCUUCUAUCAGAGGCCGCCUGCCAUGUUCCUUCGGACAAUACUGAUUCUUCUGAUGCUUCUGCCCGUAUCUCAUCAUCUGAUGUGAUAAGUUCUCCGGUCGUCACGGACCCUCUGAGCUCCCCGCGUCAUUCAGAUCCGGAACUUGUCAACAUCGUUCGGCGUUUCUGGGAACUCGAUAAAGUACCUGACGUGCUUCCUUUGACCCCUGCCGAGAAGGAGUGUGAAGUUCUGUAUCGCGCUGAAGUCACUCGUGACUCCACUGGCAGGUACACUGUUGGUUUGCCCUUCUCAUCUUAUCGUCUGGGUACCUCUGUCAAUGUGGCGACUAGGCAGUUUCUUCGACUAGAACAUCGUCUAGAAAAUAACCCUGAUCUUCGUGUCGCCUAUCAUGAGUUUAUGCGAGAUUAUCUCUCGAGUGGUCACAUGGAAUUGGUUCCUGAAUCAUUUGACCAUCCUCGAUAUGAACCUUAUUAUAUUCCUCAUCAUCCUGUACACCGUCCAGAUGAUCCUGCUACUAAAAUUCGAGUUGUCUUCAACGCCUCUUGCGCAUCUGCUAAUGGCAAAUCCCUAAACGAUCUUCUGCUUACCGGCCCGAAGCUGCAAGCGGACAUUUCCACUCUUCUGCUUCGUUUUCGUCUACAUCAAUUUGUUUUUACUGCCGAUAUCAGACAGAUGUAUCGACAGAUCCUGAUACGCCCUGAGCAGAGGGAUUAUCAACGCAUCGUCUGGCGUUUCUCCAAACGGGAACCCCUCCAAUAUUAUCGUCUGAACACAGUCACCUAUGGAGUUUCCUCGGCUCCUUACCUAGCACUUAGAACCCUUCAUCAGCUAGCUUCGGACGACGGACUCAGAUUUCCUACGGCAAGGCAAGUCUUGCUGAAUGAGAUUUAUGUCGAUGACAUCUUGACCGGCUGUUCAUCCGAAUCUGAAGCUCUUAAAUUGCGAAAGCAGGUUCAAGACCUGCUCAUGGCGGGUGGUUUUGAGCUGCGUAAAUGGGCUACUAAUCAUCUUCCCCUGCUAGACGGUAUCCCAUCUGAUCAUCGUAGGGAAUCCUCCUCUAUUGACCCCCUUCUUCUUGACCGUGAACCAAGUCUCAAAAUUCUGGGACUUGGAUGGAGUCCUGCAUCUGAUCACUUCUUUUAUUCCGUCCGUUUAAACUCAACGACAGUCACCAAACGGAACGUUCUGAGUCAGAUGGCUAGAAUCUUCGAUCCUUUGGGAUGGCUAACUCCAGUCACUUUCUAUGCCAAAAUCUUCUUUCGUCAGCUCUGUCUACUUCAUCUAGAAUGGGAUCAACCUCUCUCGAAUGAGAUUCAAAACCGGUGGUUGCAGUUUCAAUCCCAGCUUCCCACUUUGACAGAGCUUCACAUACCACGAUUCAUCCCUGCUGUUUCUUCUUCUGCUCAUCGCUUCAUCGGCUUCUGUGAUGCCUCUGAAUCCGGCUAUGCUGCAGUCGUUUAUCUAAGCACUCCUACAUCGUCCGGUCGAUUCCACGUGUCUCUUCUAGCGGCCAAAUCCAAAAUUUCUCCUUGUAAGGCAAUGUCCCUGCCUCGUCUAGAACUCUGCGGUGCCCAUCUUCUCGCAAAACUCAUGCAUCAUUUGUCUACCCGCGUUUUACAGAAUCUCAGUGCUGACUACAUUGCCUUUUGCGAUUCUUCCGUUGCCUUGUCGUGGAUCCGUGGUGAGAGUCAUAGGUGGAAGACAUUUGUUGGCAAUCGAGUCGCCGAGAUACAGGAUUUGAUUCCUUCUAAUUGCUGGAGGCAUGUGAUAUCUGAAGACAAUCCAGCUGAUUGCGCCUCUCGAGGAUUGAUGCCCUCAGAUAUUCAUCACCACCCAUUGUGGUGGCGCGGUCCUCCUUGGUUGUCUCUCGAUUCCUCUCUAUGGCCCCUGUCCUCUGUUGAUUCAUCUCAAAUUGAUCAAGUGGACGAAGAAGCCAAGCCGCUCUCCGCUUUAGUGUUGACGGUUGUCUCCGGUGAACCCACCAUGAUUGACCGUUUUUCUUCGUAUCUUCGACUCAAGCGCGUCAUUGCCUUUUGUCGACGUUUCAUACUGAAUGCUCGUGGUUCAGCUUUACCUCGCACAGGUUUUCUCACCUCUUUUGAGCUUCAGGAAGCAGAGAUCUGCUUAAUACGUCUGGUUCAAUCUGUUCAUUUUGCCGAGGAGCUGGCUGAGCUGCAGAAACCAUCUUCUCGUCAUCGACUCAUCAUGAAACUUCACCUUUUUUGCGAUGAGCAUGGACUUGUUCGAGUUGGAGGUCGCCUUUCAGCCUCUUUAUUACCAUAUCGACACAAACAUCCUGUUCUUCUACCGAAGGACAAUCAUCUCACUCAUCUGAUAAUCGAUGAUGCCCAUUAUCGUCCUCUGCACGCCGGUGCUUUAGCUACUCAUUCAUACAUUCGUCGACGGUACUGGAUAUUGGACGGACGUAAUGUAGUACGCAAUCGUCUGCGCAAGUGCAACCGAUGCUUUUCUUGCAAGCCCCGUCCUCUAAUACAGCCAAUGGGCAAUCUUCCACCAGAGCGGCUAUCAUCUGCUAUGGCUUUUCUAACUACUGGUGUCGACUACGCCGGCCCAUUUUAUGUGACGAGUGCACGACUACGCGGAGCCGUUAGCACGAAGGCAUAUCUGGUUGUCUUCAUCUGCUUCUCUACUAAAGCAGUUCAUCUAGAAUUGGCAUCUGAGCUGUCAACCGCAGCGUUCAUCGCUGCUUAUCGGCGCUUUGUUGCACGCCGAGGUCAUCCUUCCGUCAUCUUUUCGGAUAACGGUACCAACUUCGUUGGUGCUCAUAACUACCUUCGUGACCUUGGCCGCUUACUGUCUGCUCCACAACAUCAGCAGAGUCUCUGUGAUGCCGCCUCGUCGUCCGGAACUGACUGGCGAUUCAUACCCCCUUCCAGUCCUCACUUUGGCGGCCUGUGGGAGGCCGCUGUAAAAUCUGCUAAACAUCAUCUUACUCGCGUUAUUGGCGAGCAGAAACUCACUUACGAGGAGUUUCUCACCAUCUGCACUCAGGUUGAAGCCAUCCUCAACUCUCGUCCUCUGUAUCUUCCAUCAUCUGAUCCUUCUGAUUUUGAGGCCCUUACACCAGGGCAUUUCUUGGUUUUCCGGUCCCUAACAGCUCCUCCUGACAACGAUGCCAGUUCUGUGUCUGUGAACCGGUUAUCUCGUUGGCAACUAGUCCAGCGAUUUCAGCAGGACUUCUGGAAGCGUUGGCGUCAGGAAUACUUGCAUACCUUGCAGCAACGUCACAAGUGGUUGCAGCCAUCUACCCCUAUCCUUCCAGGUACCGUUGUCGUCAUUCGAGAUGACAAUCUUCCUCCUCUAAAGUGGUCUAUCGGUCGUAUAUCAUCUGUUUUUCCGGGAGCUGAUUCCACAACCCGCGUUGCUGAUGUUGCCACUGCGUCUGGGACAAUUCGGCGACCAGUCGUUAAAUUGUGUCCUCUUCCAACUCAGUAGAUUGCUCCUGAAUUAUUUCGUCUGUUCACUUCUUCAGUUCAGUUAUCUUACUGAAGGGACACUUCAGGGCAGGCGGCAUGUUCAGUCGUGAACUACGGUCGU